AUGGGCAAUGCGCAUGACAUGCACAUGGGUUUGGUGCUGCAAAAAGAGGAUAAGUGCACAAAACUCAAAAUGGCUAUUCUAGAAAUUAUUGAAGCCUUUAGUAUUACAGAUUAUCUCCUCAUUUUUGCUUUAAUUUUUGCUACCUACGUUUUUAACUUUUAUUAUAAAUACUUAACUCGUCCCAAUCCACUCCAUGGUCCAUUGCCUUUACCAUUCAUCGGAAACCUUCACAACAUGAUUUUCGAUUUAAGAUCGUUCUAUUGUAAAUGCCAACCAAAUUAUGGAGAUAUCUGCGAAAUAAUGUUUGAUGGAUCUAGAUGUAUAAUUCUCUCACGACCAGAAUAUAUUGAAAAACUUAUGUCUACAUGUGCAAGAAGGUUGCCAUAUUAUCAGGGUCUGGAUGAAUUAGGAUUUAGUAGACAUGGAAUCGCCGGCAAUGAUGUGUAUGAAAUUUGGAAGUAUAACAGACAGUUCUUUGAUCAUGUUUUAGUGUCACCUAGAUUUAGAGAUUACACUGUAAAAUCUAUAAUUAAAUUGUUUGAAGAAUUGAGGUGGUAUUGGCAGUCUCUUGGAAUGCAAAGCGUUCCAAAUAAUAAAAACAAAAAUAACUGGACUUUAGAAACAGAUAUUUCUGAAUGGUUUCAUGCAUUUGCAAAUGAAACUAUUUCAGUAAUAGUCACCAGUGAACGCACAUAUUCUAUUGCCUCCUACUAUAACAUGCAAAGUACUGUCAAGCAUGAAUAUUCUGAUGCACUGGUCGAAGAUGGGAAUAAAUUUGUCAAAGCAUUAGUAGACCACAUUCAAGCUCUCACGUUCUUCAUGUUGGUUGGCAAAUUCUUAAGGCAUUACGUUCCAAUAAUUAAAGAUAUGGCAAAUUUUUACUUAAAAAACCGUGAUUAUAUAUAUGAAAAAUUGGAUCGCAUAAUUAAAACAAGAAGAGAAAAGAUUGAAGCAAUGCCAGUGGGUACAGAAAUGGGAUCCGAUAUGCUGACUUCCUUAAUCACUUUAAACACCGAAAAGGAUACUGAUACUGCUAAAAUAAAAACAAUGGACGGUAUGACGUAUGAACCUAUGCCUGACGAAGAGAUCCGAAGUAAUUUGUUAGAGGCAAUCGGGGGUGGAUCAGAUAGUACUGGCAAUACAUUUUGCUAUAUAACCUACUAUGUUUGUAAACAUCCAAAUGUAAAACAAAAAAUGAUUUCAGAAAUUGACUCUGUUUUCUCUAAAAAUUCUAAUAUAUCUUAUCUGACAAGAGAUGAUCUCUUAAAGUUGAAAUAUUGUGAGGCCAUAAUUAAUGAAGCUCUUCGUAUGAUUCCCGUAACAAAUAUUGUAACUCGUCACAUGACUGAAGAGUGUGAAAUUGCAGGAUAUAAAUGGGCUCCUGGUACAGUUUUUCACAUAAAUCUUGCAGGGGUACAUAGCCACCCUGAAGUUUGGCCUAAUCCUGAAGUUUUCGAUCCAGAUAGAUUUUAUAAUGUUGACCAAGAUGAUAAAAGAUUAAAAAACAAAUAUUCCUUGGUAACUUUUGGUGGUGGUUUACGAAUCUGCCCUGGAAGGAAACUGGCGAUGACUCAGCUACUUUUAUGGAUGUCAUCAGUUUACAGAUAUUAUAAUGUUGAGUUAGUGAACAUGCAUGAGCCAUUAAAAAUUCAUUCUUUAUCGGCUAACAAUGUUCCAGAGUUGAAAGUUAGAAUUAGUCCUCGGAUUAAUUAA